AUGGUUGAAACUGGAUUCUAUUAUUCGCUAUUAAUUGCAUCAAGUUUUGAUGUUCGACGAUCCGAUUUUUUCCAGAUGGUAUUCCAUCAUUUUGUCACUAUCGGUUUACUGUCAAUUAGUUGGCUGAUCAACUUUGUUCGUGUUGGUACAUUGGUAUUGCUGUCGCAUGACGUAUCCGAUGUUACAUUAGAAUUUGCUAAAUUGGUCCGCUAUAAUACCAAAGAUGCCAAAUAUUCUAACGCUUGUUUUGUUAUCUUUGUUGUCAGCUGGAUUUUGACCCGUAUCGGCUAUUUUCCAUUUGUGCUAAUUCGUUCAGCCUUGUUUGAAGCGCCCAAUCUUAUUCAACCCGAUUAUAGCUUAAUCAAUAUAUUUCAGGUACCAUAUGCACCACGUUUUAUUAUUAUACUGUUAGUAUGUUUAUUAUCAUUACAUCUGUUUUGGACACGAAUUAUUGUUUCCAUUGUAUGGAAGACACUAAAAUCUGGUGAAGCAACAGAUGUUCGUUCUGAUGAUGAGGACGAUGAAUUAGAUGGUGACGACAGUUCGGAUAGUGUCAGAAAACAUGGUAGUUUAAAAAAACGGAAAAAAAUAUGA